AUGUCUGAAAAUCAAAAAUCGUGGCUGCAGCGGCCCGAAACCAGCAGGAAAAACAACACCUAUACACUCAUGGGCCGUCAUGAGGAGCAAGUACUCAUCAGCCGCAGGGACAUCAUGGACAAGAAGGAUGCCUUGGACAUACAGGAGUUCAUCACUACCUUGUUUGUCAAGCAGUUGCUUCGACAUCCCACCUUCCAGCUGCUGCUGGCCAUGCUGCUAGUGACCAACGCCGUGACCAUUGCUAUCCGUACCAACUCUUACCUCGGUCAGCAACACUAUGAGCUGUUCUCGAUCAUAGAUGACAUCGUGCUGACCAUCCUUAUGUGUGAGGUUCUUCUGGGCUGGGUCAAUGGCUUCUGGGUUUUCUGGAAGGAUGGCUGGAAUAUCCUCAACUUCAUAAUUGUCUUUAUAUUGUUCACGGGAUUCUUCAUAAAACAACUUAAUAUAAUUGCCGUCACCUACACUCUCAGGGCACUUCGGCUGGUACAUGUGUGCAUGGCAGUGGAGCCCCUAGCCAAGAUCAUCAGGGUCAUCCUGCAGUCGGUGCCAGACUUGGCCAACGUUGUGGCCCUCAUCCUCUUCUUCAUGCUGGUAUUCUCUGUGUUUGGAGUCACACUCUUCGGUGCGUUCGUGCCCAAGCACUUCCAGAACAUGGGGGUUGCACUGUACACCCUCUUCAUCUGCAUCACCCAGGAUGGCUGGCUGGACAUCUACAGUGACUUCCAGACGGAUGAGGAGAUUGCCAUGGAAGUCGGAGGUGCCAUCUACUUUGCCAUCUUCAUCACCAUUGGCGCUUUCAUUGGCCUCAACUUGUUUGUGGUUGUCGUGACCACAAAUCUGGAACAGAUGAUGAAGAUAGGAGAGGAGGGGCAACAACGUCAGAUAACUUUUAGCGAGACAGGUACAGAUGAAGAAGACUUUGCUGACGACCUGCCCUUGGUGCAUUGUACAGAGGCCCGCAAGGAGGGUUCUGGUCACCCCCAGGAGCCGCUGGUUGGGGGUCCCCUGUGCAACCUCACGGAAAAGACCUGCGAUAAUUUCUGCCUGGUGCUUGAAGCCAUACAGGAGAACCUGAUGGAGUACAAAGAGAUCCGGGAGGAGCUCAACACGAUCGUGGAGGAGGUGCGCUCCAUCCGUUACAACCAGGAGCAGGAACAGGAGUUGUUGCAGAAGCACGCCUCUAAAACCCUGUCCCUCCACAGCGAGUCCUCCCUAGACAUGCGUGAGGUGGCUACCCAGCAAGACUUGAUCUCUGCACUGGUCAGCAGGGAAAAGGUUCAUGAGUCUAGCUCAAAUGUGCUUAGCAAACACAAGUUCAGCCUGUGA